CUGUUUCCGCCCCCUUUCCCGCCCCUUCCUCUGGGAUAUGACGAACUCUCGCGAGAGCUGGGCCUCUUCCUAAGCCGGUGCUCCGCAAGGCUCUCGCCAUGUUCAGCUCGAGCGCCAAGAUCGUGAAGCCCAACGGCGAGAAGCCGGACGAGUUCGAGUCCGGCAUCUCGCAGGCCCUGCUGGAGUUGGAGAUGAACUCAGACCUCAAGGCGCAGCUGCGCGAGCUCAACAUCACUGCGGCCAAGGAAAUCGAGGUUGGUGGUGGUCGGAAAGCAAUCAUCAUUUUUGUCCCAGUUCCCCAGCUGAAAUCUUUCCAGAAAAUCCAGGUCCGGCUAGUACGAGAGCUGGAGAAGAAAUUCAGCGGAAAGCAUGUGGUCUUCAUUGCACAGAGGAGAAUUCUGCCCAAGCCAACUCGAAAAAGCCGCACGAAAAAUAAGCAAAAGCGUCCCCGAAGCCGCACGCUGACCGCAGUGCAUGACGCCAUCCUGGAGGACCUCGUCUUCCCCAGCGAGAUCGUGGGCAAGAGGAUCCGCGUGAAGCUGGACGGCAGCCGGCUCAUUAAGGUGCACCUGGACAAGGCCCAGCAGAACAAUGUGGAGCACAAGGUCGAGACAUUCUCUGGUGUCUAUAAGAAGCUCACGGGCAAGGACGUUAAUUUUGAAUUCCCAGAGUUUCAGUUGUAAGAAGUUGUAAAUGCUAAAAUAAAAUUAUCGUUCAUAGCG